AUGAAAGAUGUUGGAAAAGGCUUUGACCUUUCCCCCAAACUACAAGCUGUUGAAGAGGGAAUGAACUCCAGCCAAGACCAACGAUCCAGAGGUGUUCCAGAAGUGGAGGAGAUAUUUAACUCAGGAGGAUCAUUUGACAACAAGACGCAAGAUUCCCAAAAUGAUCCAGGUCCAGAGAAACUGACAAAGACGGACCAUGUGUUGACAGAAGAAAACUUUGAAAAUCUAUCAGCGGUGACAGAAGAAGCAGAAGAUAUGAGUGAAGAUGGCAUUGAACCAAAGAUCACUCAGACGGAUCAGGAUUCAGACAAAUAUCAUUUGAAAGGUUCUAAGACGAAUGAAGUGACUCAGGAGGAAAGAGAGUCAAAUGAGCCCAAAAUGCUGACUGGUUUUCCAGGCUAUGAGCUCCUGAGUUCACUGAGUUCAGAUUUCCGAAUCUCAACUUUACAAUUUGAACACAACACUGAAUAUCCGCCAAACCUGGAGCUGGAAGAAGAGUUUCUGCGGCUCAAUGAAGGUGCGUUCUGUCCCCAAGAUAUGGAGGAGUUUGAUGACCAAAUGGACCUGAGUCUGGAGCUGGACAUGGACGAAGACCUGACCGAAGCCAAUGUGCGUGUGCGACCGGUAGAGCGUUACGUGUUGAUAGAAAGCCCUCCCUUCAGCGACGAAUUCUCAGAGGAAACGAGAGCUCUGUGCGAAAGCUUUGAAACCAUUGUGAAGGACGAUGGAGGAGUUCCGAUUGGUUCUAACGUCAGAGAAGUGAGUGGAUUUGUGGACGUGGUGAUGUCAGAAGAGCAGGAUUCUGGAAGUAUUUUGAGAAACGAUGGAAAAGAGAAUGUAGAAGAGAGUGGGGAAGAGUGGGAAGGUGAGAUGUUUCGUGUUAAAGAUGUGGACAAUUGGAUUCAGGGAAGUCUGGGAAGUGCUUCAGAGAGAAAAGAAAAAGGACUGAGCAGAGAAGAGUGUGGAGGGAGUUUAGAAGGCGUCACCACGGGUGGAAACACAACCAAAAGGGAUGGAUUUUCACAAAGAGCUUCAGUGAUGGUUGAGCAACAUGCAGAUGAAAGUCAGACAGGUUCAAUUUCAACAGAAGCAGCCCAAAAGGCUCAGACACAGGUCCCCAGGAGCGAAGGCAGUUUGGAGAUCCCCCCGACUCCCCCAGCGAGCGAAUGGCGAGUGUACGGUCGGAGCAGUGGGAGAAUCAGUGCCAGUCCUUCCAGUAACCAAGACCCAAGUGUGGCCAAAACCCAAGGAUGGGGUCUGUGUACAAACAAAGACCUAAGUCUGACCAAGAGUAACGUCCUUGCAGUCCGCAGUGAAGACUCUAAAAUUACUUUUGCAGAAGAAAAGGUCAAAACUGUGGAGAGCUCUGUGUCUCUACAGUCUACCAAGGUCUCAGGUGUCGUAAGCACAGAGCCAGAGAGUGUUUCAACCCAGCGCGCUCUGAGUCCAGGACGGUUCGCUCGGGCGGACAGUGGAGAGUGGAGAGUUUAUGGUCAUAACAGAGAUCUACAAAGUUCUGUACCAAGGGUGCUGAGUCCGACAGGCCGACCCACAAGUCCUGUGCCCAUGGCUGCGAGCCCAAGUCGCUUUGGGAAAGGGGGCAGCGGCGAAUGGAGAGUUUACGGACAGAGCCAAGACCGGCAGAGUUAUGGCCUGAGUCAAACUGCACGUCUCACAAGUCCAACUCCCACCAGUCCUGUCGAGAUGGGACGGUUUGCAGGGGCGGGCAGCGGGGAGUACUUUGGUAAAAACAGUGAUUGGACGAGUUUGGGGCCGAGACUGCGGAGUCCGACAGGGCGACCCACGAGUCCUGUUCCCACAGAAAUGAGUCCAGUGGAAACAGGUCGAUUCGGGAAGGCGGACAGUGGGGAGUGGUUACUAUACGGGUAUAACAGAGAGAGGAUGAGUUCUGGGUUGCAAACACUGAGUCCGACAGGUCGACCCACAAGUCCUGUCCCCAGCCCUACCAGUCUGGUCGAAAGGGGCCGGUUUGCUCGGGCAGGCAGCGAGGAGUACUUUGGUUAUGGCAAAAGUAGUAAUAGAAUGAGUUCAGGUCCAAGAGUGAUGAGGCCGACAGGGCGACCCACAAGUCCUGUCCCCAUGGCAACAAGUCCGGUGGAAACGGGUCGCUUCGCUCGGGCGGACAGCGGAGAGUGGAGAGUUUAUGGUCAUAACAGAGAUCAGCAGAGUUCUGGAUCGAGAGUGAGUCCAACAGGCCAGCCGACCAGUCCUGUGCCGGGCGUGACCAGUCCAGUGGAAAUGGGUCGCUUCGCUCGGGCCGACAGCGGGGAGUGGAGAGUGUAUGGCACCAACAGAGAGAGGAUGAGCCACGCGGAUCAAGAGGAUUUACUGUUUGACUCCCGAGCACUUAGUCCGACCCAAAGCUUGAGUCCUGAUGGUACUCAAAGGGAGUUGUGCUUCACCCCGCCACCACUGUCACCCUACGGCAGGUUUAGCCCACGCACCCUGAGCCCGGAUGGGUCAGACGGCCCCCGAUCGCUGAGUCCCGAGUGGAUGGUGUACCGCAGUCUCAGCCCGCGGAGGUUUGACGAGACACAGAUGCUUGCUGACAGCGUUAACAAUGCUAAAAACGCUACCACGAGUCAUGCUAGUGCAGAUCAGCUUGGGAGGUGGGCCACAAAGGACUGGCUUGUUUACAAAAGCAGUGGAGGAGCUGACGAGAAGCUAAGGAAGCGCACACUCAGCCCGCCGCAAGUGCAGACCAAGCAGUUCUAUGUCCAGGGGAAAGAGGGUACUGCCAAAGGGGGCGUGGCUAAAACGGCCAUGGUCAAAGCAGACAACACUUCUGGGAAAAGCUCUGGAAAAGUGGGCCGUGGGCUGGUCGGGUCGAUUGGGAAGCUGGUGAGCGCGGACUGGAGGCGAAACAAAGGGAGCAAAUUGGGCGUGGCCAGUGGGGGUCGAGUCAUCAGCAGCAGCGACGGACCAAUAGGCAGCUCCGGCAGCGGCACUAGCACCAAGAAAGAGCGAAUCAGUGUGUGCAAGAUGGCCGCCGCGCUGUCCAAGGAGAAGAAGAGGAGCACAGCGCCCCCUGCUGUCCAGCCCGGGUCCACGUCUCACCGCUCUCAGCUCUGA